ACUAACGUUUAUAAUGUGUUUGCAUAUGCAGGGACAAAAUGGUGGAGCUUGUGUAGCUAGUGCACUGUUGAAGGAUGGAGAACUCCAUGUAGCAAACGUGGGAGAUUGUAGAGCAGUUUUGAGUAGGAAUGGAGGAGUAGCUGUUAGACUAACAAAUGACCAUCGUCUCACUAAGGAAGAUGAACGUGCCCGAGUCGAAAAUGCAGGUGGAUUUGUGUAUUGUCACAAUGGAGUUUGGAGGGUGAAUGGAUCACUUGCAGUUUCAAGGGCAUUUGGAGACAAUUACUUAAAGGAAUGGAUCAUUUCUGAGCCAGAUGUUGUGAAGCUUCCUUUAACUUCUGAUUGUGAAUUUCUCGUCAUGGCUUCUGAUGGCUUGUGGGAUAAGGUAAGUGACCAAGAAGCAGUAGAUGUGGUAGCAAAAGAAAAGAGUUCUAUAUUGGCUUGUAAGAAGCUUGUAGAUAUAUCUGCAAGAAGAGGCAACCUUGAUGACAUAACAGUCAUGAUCAUCAAUCUUAAAAGCUUUUUAGGCAAUAAUUAUGAUUUAAUCAACUUAUUCUAAGCGGCCAUUAAUGUUAAUUUUUAUAGGAUAUUUCCCAAAAAGGCUCCUCCAUCAUCCUUGUGUAAAUAGCUUAUAGAGUGUCCUUCUUUAUAUCACAAAUAAAAGAAGGAAACAGGGAUGAUGAGCAGAAAGUGGCCUAAGAUUAUUGCCACUAAGUAAGAAUUAGUUUCUUAAAUUUAUGUGUAAUGAAUCAUCUAGCUAGGAGAUACAGGAAUCCACAAUUCUAUAUUCACUCACACAUGUCUUCUUUCCUUUUGGAUCUAUUCUUGGCAUAGACUACAAUAAUAUUUUGUUUUAUUA